AUGGCGUCAGAAAGUACAGAUGUGCUGAAUGGCGGGAGAACAGGUCUCCAGAAGCAGCGGCAGGAGGCCCUCGCCAAAGCAAUAUGCCAACAGUUCUAUCAGAGCGACCGCGUGAAACAGUUCCACCGCGCGCUCCUGCAAACGGAGGCGCUGAAGGAGCUGGACGACCAGAUGACGAUGAAGCAGAGGCUGAUCUGCGCGGCCAAGGAGGAGACCAGGAGGUUCAUGGCGGGCGUGAGACGCAAAGAGCUGGAAGCUCUGGAGCAGGAGCGCGAGAAGAUCAGGCAGAAGAACGCGGAGAAAAAGGCCUUCAGAGAAUUCCUGACGCAACAGAUGGAAGAGCAGGAGCAGCAGAGGCUGAGGAAGGCGGAGAAGGAAAAAGAGGUGGAAGAGUGCAAGAAGCUGUGCGAGCAGUACGAGAGGGAGAAGAGGCUUCUCAGCGAGCAGAAGAAAGAGAAGAUGAUGCAGAUGAGGAAGGCCCACACCGAGCACCUGCGGGCGACGAGCGCCGUCCGGACACUAGAGGCCGAGAAGCAGGAGAUGCAGGAGGAGAGGAGGAGGUUCUUCGACAUGGAGAGGGACCUCCGGAUGAUGAGGAAGCAGGAGAAGAGGGAGGAGAGGCGCAGGGUGGCGCAGCGGUACAAAAAGAUGGUGGUGGAGCAGCUGGCCACGGAGAUGCGGGAGAAGGCCAGCGAAGAGGAGCAGCUCAACGCCAAGAUCCUGGCCGACAGCAUCGCCAAGUGGGAGGCCAAGCUGCAGCGGGAGCGCGCGGAGCUGGAGGAGAAGAGGAGGUCCAUGCGGGACGCCAUCGCCGCGCACCGCGAGGACAAGCGCCGGGCCCGGGAGCGCCAGGCCCAGGAGGAGGACCGGGCCGCCUGGGACGUCCUCGACGCCGGGAAGGAGCAGGACCUGCUGUCGCGGGAGAGCGAGCGGCUGAGCGUGCGCAGGGCGGAGGGGAAGCGCGGCGCCAUGGACGACUUCCUGCGGCGGCAGAUGGCGGAGGGGCGCGCCGAGGAGCGCCUGCGGGAGCGGCGGCGCGUGGACUUCGACCGGAGGUACGCCGAGCUGAUCGCCGAGGAGGAGGAGCAGUACCAGCGCUACACCGACGGCGUGAUCCGCGCCGCCACCGACGCCGGACGCAACACCAUCCCGCUCCUGCGCGCCGCCAAGCACGGCAUGUGGACGGGGGUCGGCCCCAUCUACGGCGGGCUGAGGGCCGAUUACCUGGUCCCCGGGGCCAGCUACGACCAGAUGCCCAACUACGUCAGCACCACGACCGAGGACCUCCAGCGACUGUACGGGACCGAAGGUGGCCAGUCGACCACGAGACUCAGCUUCAUUUGGUGA